CAAAUGGAUGAAUAAACAGCUUGCGGAGCAACGUUCAUACCGAUCCUACCUAUACCAGUGACUACACAAGCUCCACAAUAAACAAUCGUUGAAACAAAACGGCACAUUUUACAUACAAUUCUCGAUGAUCUUUUAAAUCCGAAACAGAAUGGAUAUCUCGGAUCAGUUCCAGUUGUUUGAAAACGGUUUGAGCGAGUAUUCCGGAGAUGACCCUCUGGAAUUUUGGAUUUGGUUCUUCGAGUACCUGGUGAAUAAAGAGUCCUCCACAGCCAGAGACUUGUCCUUGUUUUUGGAACGUCUAGUCCGGAGCUUCCUGACUGCCGACCGAUAUGCUAACGACAUCCGAUAUGUCAAUCUCUGCAUCAAAUAUGCGAGUUACCACACAGAGCCCUUCUCUGUGUACGCCUCCGUCUACAGUGAGGGCGUGGGCAGGCGCUCGGCCCCUCUCUACGUGGCCUGGGCCAAGCAGUUUGAGCAGAGCGGGGCGCUGGAGCAGGCGCGGGCCGUGUACCUCAGGGCUGUGGAGAACCAGGCCCAGCCGGCGGAAACUGUCCUGGAGGAGUACAGCCAGUUUCAAAUGAGGACAUCCAAAUCCCAGAUAGCGCAGCCCGCAACUGGUCGCCUCCCUCUGCAAACCUCCCAGCUGGUCAACCAGAUACCCCCCCACAAGGAGGCUGCAGCGUGCCGGGAGGACCCAGACGACUGUGCUGACCUUUUGCCGCCAGAAAAAAACAUGAAAAUCUACAUCUCCCGCUCUGACAACUUGGGGGUCCGGGCGCCAGGCGAGGGCCCCCCGACGGUCUCCAUGUACCAUAAGCAUUCCCUGGAGCUGAAGGGGUCGGAGCUGUGCUUUGAGGAGGUGCGCGCCGCCCGCUACUUCCGGAAGAUCAGACGAGACCAGGAGCACAGAGAGUUUGAGGAGCAGAAACGGCUGGCCCAGGAGAAGGAGGACAACAUCGUGAAGCUGCAGCGUUCCCUGGAUCUACUCAACCAGCAGCUGGUGGACCCCGGAGCCCGCCGCUUGGCCUCGCCACAGGCCACAGGCCACACCCUCGCUCCCUCUACCGCCGAGCGCCCGACCAAGUGGAGUGUGUUCAGCGACGAAGGCGCCGCUGCCUCCACCUCCACCCAGCCACAGCACCGCCCCCCCCACCCGGCGGCCCCCAGGGUCAGUCUGGAGCUGUCCCGGCGGCCCCCGGCCACACUACCGGAGGGAGGCGUGCGCUCUUACGACGAACACCGGCCCGCCCCGCACCCAGCGCUGAAGCAGAGCUGGCUGGAUUCGGGGGGUCCCCGAGUGGAAGCCCGACCGGGUCUCCCCUGCGUUACCCCGACGUCCGCCCGGAGCUUCCUCUACGGUUCCCGCCAGGCUGAGGGUGGGGCCCGAGGCCGUAGCCCCCGGGACCCCCAGGCGACCAGCGGCCAGCGACAGCACGGCGUCCAAGAACGAGAGUUCCACGUAGAGCAGCCAGCAGACGCUGAGCCCAGACUGGACAUAUCCCAGGGGGCCACUGCUAGCUUCUCCCACAUCACCCCUAACACCUCUCUGGGCCUGGUGUCCGCCACGCCCUCCAGGGCCCUCCCGUCCCCCACGGUCAACACGCGCGAGGCACUGGAUGCCAUCAUGAACAUGUUCCAGGCACCCACCCUCCUUGAGGAUCCCUUCCCAAACACGUCGCUGGGCAACUCUGCCAACAGGAGUCCUGAGGCCGUUUUCAUGAGAAAGGGCGCCUCCUCAUUGGCCGAACCGGCCCCAUCCACCGCCCCCCCGUUCACCAUCUACCAGGACCACGGCGACCAGGAGAAUCCCCGGGCGACCGCUGUGUGUGGCGCGGAGAAACCCAGAGCAGCCCGGGCGCUGGCUGGAAUCCCCGUGCCCUCGUCAGACCGGCCUUCUGACGGCACAUCGGAGCUGACCCCGGACGAGAGCACCAUGUGGGGGGUGCACUACAACUCCCUCAACUCCCUGGCCGCCUGCCCCAACAGCACCAGGGACUUUGCUCCGUCGGCCCAGGGAGCCUCCACGCCCUUCCCCGCCAAGGCCCACUUCUUUGUGGACUCCUUCCAGGACCAAGAGAACGAGGGAGAGAGGCAGAGGGCUUUGGACGAUGAGGGAAAUGUUUACACGCGACCAAAGAAGCUCAGCCCCAUCAUCGAGACGAGUCCCUCCGACGAGACGUUCGUGGACAAGUCCGGGGGCCCCGCACGGAAGCGGGGCCCAGCGCAGCACGGUACCGUCAUGGGCGAGGCGCUCUCCCUGGGUUCCCACAGCGGCCUGGCCAACUCCUGCACCACAGUGGUCCUCCCGCCCCCCGCGGCCCUCUCCUUCAGGGACCACACGCUGCUCCAGUCGGCCAGGAGCCCACCAAGGGCCCCGGGGACGACGACGACGACGACAACACCAGCACCAGCAGCUGCCUGGAGCAUCUUCACCAGCCCAGAGCCGAGAGAGAGCCCAGAGCCGUCCACUGGGACGACGACAACAACAACAACAACAACAACAACAGCAGCCGCCUGGAGCAUCUUCACCAGCCCAGAGCCGCCGGCCAAACCAACCCUCGCCCUCCAUCACUCCCUGGAACCUGAGGCCCAGGACGAAGGAACCAGUAGCCAAUCCACGGCCACCAUCGGGUCGGGGUCGCCCCCCAGUCAGGAACCCGUGUUGGACGUCCCCAUGAGCCCGGAGUGCGGCCUAAAACCUGAUUGUCUGAUGCUCUGCAGCCCAGAGGCGAUCACUGUGCCCGACCUGGAUGCCUUCAUAAGCCCCCCGAGAACCCCAGGACCGGCCUUGGCCCGGCGGGGAGACAAUGACGUUUCCAUGUCGCCGGAGGCACCGACAGGGUUGUUCACCGACGCGUGCAUGAGCCCGGUGGUACGGCGCCUCGCCCCGAGCCAGGCGGAGGACGAGCCCAUGAGCCCUGACAGGGGGGGCUACGGCUGCACCGACGUGCCCAUGAGCCCCGUGGGUCCCGGCCCCGCGGCGGGCGGUCGCCGGGUGACGGACCCCUGGGACUCGGAGCUGAUCGCCGAGCUCCUCUCAAGACUGAGCCCCCCCCUCGGCUCCCACCCACACUGCAUCUCCUGGCAGUGCAACGUCCCCAGCUUCACCCCCAGGACCACCAUCACCAUGGGUAACGCGUCGCUGCGUGUGGACUGCCUGCUGGGAGAGGGGGCCUUCGCUAAGGUCUACCAGGCCACCGACCCCAUGACCUCGGAGAAGAUUGUGGUCAAGGUCCAGAAGCCGGGCAAUGCGUGGGAGUUCUACAUGAACACCCAGCUGGACGCGAGGCUGCCCCCUGCUGUCAGACACCUGUACAGCAACGUCCAGUCCGCCCACCUCUUCCACAACGGGAGCAUACUGUUGGCGGAGCUGCACCGCUGUGGCACGCUGCUGAACGCCGUCAACCAGUACAAGAAGCUGAGUAACAAGGUGAUGCCCCAGCCGCUGGUCAUGUACUUCACCACCUGCCUGCUGCACAUGGUGGAGCAGCUUCACCGCGUGCACCUGGUGCACGCCGACAUCAAGCCGGACAACUUCCUGUUGGGAGAGAGGUUCCUGGAGAGCCAGUGUCUGGACCCCGAGGAGAUGGAGCACGGCAUGGUGCUGGUGGACCUGGGCCAGAGUAUCGACAUGGAGCUCUUCCCCGAGGGCACCCAGUUCACCGCCAGGUGCCGGACCUCCGGGUUCCAGUGCACCGAGAUGCUCAGUGGAAGACCCUGGUCCUACCAGACGGAUUACUUUGGGAUUGCGGGCACGGUGUACUGCAUGCUGUUCGGGACGUACAUGCAGGUGAAGCAGGAGAACGGAGUGUGGAAGACCAACGCUGUGUUCAGAAGGAACCCCCACAGCGAGCUGUGGCUGGAGCUGUUCCACACGCUGCUCAACAUCCCGGCCGGCGGCGCUCUGCCCUGCCUGCGCUCGCUGCGCUGCCGGCUGGCGGUCACGCUUCGGGAGACGUACGGCAGCAAGGUGCUCAGCCUGAAGAACCGCCUGCUGGUGCUGCUGCUGGAGGACAUGCGCGCCGCCCGGCGGUGAGGAGAGAGGAGCAGCGACGAGCCACACCAAGAGCCACCUGGAAUUAACCACUUUUUUUGUAUAUUUCUUAAUCUCCUGUACAGAUAAGUGUGGCAUCUCGGUAUUUAAUGUUUCUCUAAUGUGACCAGAGUGAACCCGCCUUUAUUUGUAUACGAAGGUAACAGUUGCCGUGGUUUAGAUGGCCAUAGUCUGUUUUUCCUUGUUUGUAUUUUUUACACACAAAUCUGAAUUUGCAUAUAAAAAAACGUGACUCGUUUACUUGCAUGUCCUUGUGUAUUACUUUCAUCCUUUGCUGUGAUUAAUUGUAUAUUUUAGUUCUUUUUCUUUUAAUGUAUUUGACCAAAUUACCAAAUGUCGUUUUAAUUUUGAGUGGUUACCCAAAAAUUGUUGUCUUAGCUAUAGAAAACAACCUUUGUAUUUUGUGUGGUGAAAAAAUAUAAACCACCGUUUGACUGCUGAUGUGGUGGACGGUUAUUUCAGUUGGCCCCAUCAGUGAAAUGCUUUAUUUUCAUUAAAACAAACCUCCGAAUGCCUCAA